AUAUGUGAAAGUGCUGUUGUCGCCUGCCCUGCCGCUGUGUGCAGGCUUGCUGCUGCACUGAGGCACCACCAGCCCGCAGCAGACUGUACACAUUCAGCCGCUGGGUGUCUUCACUCACUGGCUUCAUUGGAGGCAAGAAAGGGGAGUGUGUAGGCUAGUCUGGUGCCUAUGGUCCGUCUUUUCCGGAAGAGAGGGUGUGAAACAUGAGACACAUUUCAGGUCAGCAGCUGAUUGUUAUCAUAGAUCCUGAGUGAUGCGGGUCUGUUAAUAGUCCGUUCACUGUGUUUGUUUAUUGGCUUUGGGAACAGAGAUUCAAACAGGCGCUGUGUGCAUUUUUUGGGCAUUUCCAAACGGGACAUCCCUUUGACUGGAGCGCAGCGGGGGGCUCAAACACAGCCGAUCACUCAUUUUGCUCCAGUGAGGCCGUGAACAUCGCUACCUCAGGCUGGCCCAGGUCACGUUGAUGCUGCUGGGCCGCACUCUCCACCUCUCUCCCCUCCACCUCCUUCCUACGCCACUCCCUUCUCUCCACUCACAAUGGCUAUGAACACUGAUCCUGGCUGCGAGAGGCCAGAACCGGACUCCGACGACCCGACUAGCAGUCUCUCAGACAUCAUGGCCGCCAUAACAACCAGCGAGUCAGGCAGCUCUGCUGCCAACGGGAUGAGGAACGGGGCUCAGCUCAGCAGACCUCAGACCAAGAGGACCUAUCCUUCACGGCCUCAACUCUCCGGGAGGAAGAUGUCGCUGCAGGAGAGAGGAACUUACUCAGGCUCAGGAGGAGGAUACACACACAUUUCCCCUCGUGUGGCUCGCAGGCCCACUGUGGAGUCCAAGCGCAUUUCCAUAUCAGACUCUCAGGACUGUAUCCAGUUGAACCAGUAUAAGCUGAAGAGUGAGAUUGGGAAGGGCUCCUACGGUGUGGUCAAACUUGCAUACAACGAAGAUGACGACAAGCAUUAUGCCAUGAAGGUGGUGUCCAAGAAGAGGCUGAUGAAGCAAUGUGGCUUCCCACGUCGCCCACCACCCAGAGGACCAAAGGCAGCACAAGGAGAGCAGCCCAAAAUCUUAGGACCCCUUGAAAGGGUGUACCAGGAGAUCGCCAUCCUGAAGAAACUGGACCAUCUAAACAUAGUCAAGCUGGUGGAGGUGUUGGAUGAUCCUGCGGAGGACAACCUUCACAUGGUGUUUGAGCUAAUGCACAAGGGUCCAGUGAUGGAGGUUCCCACAGACAAUCCUUUCUCAGAGGAGCAGUCAAGGCUGUAUUUCAGAGACAUCAUCCUGGGCAUAGAGUAUUUGCACUACCAAAAGAUCGUCCACCGGGACAUCAAGCCUUCUAACCUGCUACUGGGCGAUGACGGCCAUGUGAAGAUAGCUGACUUUGGGGUCAGCAACCAGUUUGAGGGCAGUGAUGCCAUGCUGUCCAGUACAGCUGGCACUCCUGCCUUCAUGGCACCAGAGACCCUGUCAGACAAGCGCAAGAGCUUCAGUGGUAAAGCGCUUGAUGUGUGGGCCAUGGGAGUGACUCUCUACUGCUUCGUGUUUGGGAAGUGCCCAUUUAUUGAUGAGUACAUCCUGGCUUUGCACAAUAAGAUAAGGAGCAAAUGUGUGGAAUUCCCAGAAUCACCAAAUAUCAGUGAGGAGCUGAGGACUCUGAUCUUGCGGAUGCUGGAUAAAAACCCAGAUACCAGGAUCACCAUUCCUGAGAUCAAGGUGGACCCGUGGGUCACCCAGGGAGGUACUGACCCAUUGCCUCUAGAGGAGGAACACUGCUCUGCGGUAGAGGUGACAGAGGAGGAGAUUCAGAACUCAGUCAAAUAUGUUCCCAGCCUGUCUGCAGUGAUCCUGGUAAAGGCCAUGUUGAGGAAGCGUUCCUUCAGCAACCCCUUUGAGUGUCCCAGCAGGAGAGAGGAGAGGUCCAUGUCCGCCCCUGGCAAUCUGCUCAUGGACUCGUGGCCCUUCCGGCCCUCUUUAAAACUUCAUCCCUCGCUAAGGAAAGGCAGCAGUGGAGACGGACCCAGAGAAGGAGAGCUGGAGGACCUACACGAAGACGAGCCCUCCUGAGUCAACCUAGCUUUGUUUUAAACCCCAACCCCUUUAAAUCCCUUUGCUUAAAUCACUGUACAUUCCCCCCUCAAGCCCUACACCCCCUUCAAAUCCACAACACACCACAGGCUUGUCAGUCUCUCCACUGCAAAUACUCAAGUCUUCAAAUACUAUAAUCUGAUAUAUUGCUUGUGACAUUCAAACCUCUGCACACAACUUGCUUUUUCUUACUCGUUCAUGUUCUUUCUUCCCCUAACCACCCCUCCUUUGCCUCUUCACUAUUGCACUCCCUAACUCUAACAUCACCAGUUUUAAUAUACUCUCCCCCUUGUCUCAACCUCUCAGCUGCUUACUGGUGUGACUGGCAUUGCUUGAAGAGUCAGCAGAGGAGCUCACUCAACUCACUGGAUCAUUACCAAUUCUAAUUAUUGUUCCUGGCAAAUGACAAGAGCAUGUUUGUCUGUCUACUGGCAGUCGCCCUAUGAAGAGGAGGAUGUGCAUUUUAACUGUCAAACUCUUUUGACCCACAUGCAUGGCGAAUAGUAUCCCUCAUCAUAACACUUUCUACAGGCACUUACCACUAUCAUGAAUAAAUAACGAUGGCUUACAAGAGCCAGCAUGACCGAGAGGAAGGAGGACCACAGGCUUCAGCAUGCAAUGACAGUAUAUCGUUUCGUACUCUUUGAACUAAGUCAAACCACAGGGCUUUUCAUUUCUGAUCAAUGAUCAGUUGAUUUCAUACUGUACAUAGAUGCAUUGGUGUAAUGUUGGUGUUAUCAUCUGGCUCUAACUUGCCAUCAUAAGCUGCCCUAUUUUAGUAUCUGUGCCAUCAGUAGGUUUCUCUCGCAGCCAGAUAAGACAUGUUGGUGACGUUCUUCCUGCAUUCCACACAAAGUGCUCAGGCCUGAUUGGUUGAACUUUUCUGAUUUGUGGAAGCAAAGUGAGAUUCAAGGGAAGAAGUUGCAAAAAACAGUAACUGUGCUUGAUUCGUUUUAAAGUGGCUUUAGCUGCAGUAUGAUGUGUCAUUAUUUCUCUUCUCUCUCUGUUUGAAGUCAUUUCACGCUCCCUUUCAAAUGCAUCCCCCAUUCUGUGAAGUUGUUUUGUGUUGUCUGAUUGUUUCUGUUUACCACUGACCCACUUUCUCCCUCCCUCCUCGCCAUAUCAUAACUCUACUGUUUGAUUUGCAUGUGAAUGUAUAUAUUAAGUAAUCCUGAAAUCAGCUGCAGCUUUCAGAACUUAGUCAUCAUCUGUCAAGCAAGUGUGUGCAUGCGUGUGUUACAUUGUUUGCUGGUGACUGUGCCCAGACUGAGAGGAGGACUGUUAUUCACUUCAGCCCACUCUCUCUCAUUUCAUUCCCCCUUCCAUGCCUCAAUUUGGUGUUUGUUAUACAAGCAAUUCUCUUAGGCACAACUGCUCUAAAGACAGAGAUAAUCUCACUGAUUGAGUUGAACCCUAAUGGGCGACCACAGGUUUUCUGGUGAAACACUGUAGACUGAGGCCCAGGGAAAAAGGGAGGAUGAAAGAGGGGGUAGCUAAUAUUAAAUUACAUAGCCUAGCUCCCCUGAUACAAAAAGAAAAAAUGCAAUCUGGCCAGUUGCCAUAUUAAUUUGGUUUAGGCAUACACCUAUAAUAACGCUUGGGGUUGAGGUAGUGGCCUUAGCUGACUUUUCAAGUUCAAGCAAGUCGUGCUACCCAAGAACUAUCUGGGGCAGCCAAUUAGCUGCUCAUGAAUUAAUGGAAGAAGUCAUGGCCAUUCAUAUUUUUAUAUAUGUUUUGACCAGAGCUCCUUCUUUGCCAUUCAGCUUUACCAGUUAGCUAACUUUGUGCUCCAAAAAACUAUGGUUCUUUGGCUCAGCCCACUCAAUCAGUAAGAUUAUUUCUGCUUCCAAAGCCACUCUGCCUCCCAGAAAUGUUUAUAUAACUAAAACUGCAAUUUCCCUCCUCCCCCUCUCUCAGCCAAGGCACAUUGUCCUGUGAAUGAAAGCAUGUUGCCAGCAGAGUGCUCUGAUCACUGUAACUGCAGUGAAAAGGAGCGUUUCAAUGUCAUGAUUAGACCCAGGCUGCAAACAACACCUCCCUAUUCACUUCAGUAUAGUCCCCAUGUGGCUGAUUAGAAAUGGGGAGUGCAGCGCUUUGCAUUUCCUCUGUUAAUUUCACUCUCAAUAUCCUCUUAUACAGGGUGCACUAUUGCUGAAUACAUUUGACUAAAGCAGAAAGCACUGAGAGGGAAGAGUCGCAUCUAAAUGUGAAAGCAUUAUGCAUACUGAUAUUAGGCUUCAAUGUUGUGGGAUUUUUUUCACAAAGAUGAUGACUUUGUUAUGCAUAAAAGUCAUUAAUGCUGUGGAUAGUGAAAAGCUAUCAUGUGGCUACCAGAAUGUAAAGCUUUAUAUGUUUGUCUGUUUGUUUUUUUUAUCUGAUUGCACAGAGUUGGCAAAAAAAACGAGAUAAACUUGUAUACAAGAAAGGUACAUGAGUAUAUCUCAAAUUGUCUUAAAUGUCCAAAUUUUGAUUUUUCCCAGAAUAUGCAAGUUCUAUUGCUAGAUUUUAGUCAUCAUUUGAUGAUGCUUGUUUUGCAGGUGGAAACUGGUACAGUUGGGGGCUUUUUGCAAUUGAGUCACUUGUCUGUUGGCAGGGUAACCUUAAAUGAACGGCUGCUUGAACCAAAACAUAUGGAACGAUGUUUUCCAGGUCCAUCAAGAAAAUAUAUCUUUUUUUCUGCUAAAAUAGACACUAAUAAAAACUUACAAAGUUCCUAUGAUCUUGGUUACGCUUUAAAAUAAUUAUUAAUCACUACCUAAUGCCUUAAUCAUAAACAAAUGUUAAUUAACUUGUAAUCGUAAUCCAACUAAUUGAUGCUUGAAUUCCAUAUAUUACUAACUGAUAAUAAAUGGUAAUAUUCAGUCUGUUAAAAACAUCAACGACUUUGUAUAUUUAGGCUGUAACUUUAUCCAUACUUAUUAAUUACUUGUUACACUACGUACUAACCCUUUACUAAGGAUUAUAAUGAUUAGCUGUGGCUUUAAAAUAAGGGCCCAGUACUUGUGAAUUUAUACUUACAAACUACUAAUGAACCAUUUACUAAUCAUUGGAGCAGUGCAACUUCAUUAUAGGUGCCCACUCAGUGCUCAAAGUAUUUAACAGAUUGUUAAUUGUUUACAAAAGAUUAAUCAGUUAUUUUAGCCUGAUUAACCCCUGUUAACUAAAAGAUACAGUUGCUAAACAUUGAGUAAUGAUUAAUACAUUCUUUGUUAAUGAUGAUUAUUGUAAAGCUGUAACCAAAGCUUCAUUUAGGUAUAUUGACUUUGUAUGUUUGUAGAGAUGUUUGUUUGUCAGUGUCAGAAGUGCAGUCUUGUUGUCAUAAUCAUUAGUCCAUCAUUGGCCCCUGCCAUCAGAUCCCUGAGGCUUCAUUUCAGUGGUUUGUCCUGAGUUAAACUAAAACACUGUUGAAAUGUAAAUAACGCUUGCAUUUUUCCACUUACCUCUGUUCCUUUGAUUAUUUAUGACACUACUGGUAACUUGCUGUCCUAUAACAUGGUAUAUAAUCAAUCAACAAAUGGUUUGGUUUACUUGUGUUUGUGCUUACAGCCUUGAUGCAUUACUCUUGGUUAUUAUUGUGGAUGUCCGAGUGUUACUACUUGAAUUUUUUCCAUUGUGUUCCCAGUUUCCGGUAACUUAUUCUCGUCGCUGUGUCAAAAUGCUACAAUAGCUGCAGUAAAAAUAUUAGAUUUAAAUAUUUUUCCUCUAGAUUAUUCAUUGUGCAUAUUCAUGUAAUAACAAUGAAUUUUCCUUCCUGGGGCAAGGGACUCUUUGGUUUUUACUGCUGAAUUACUGCUGAAACAUCUAAUAUUAGACUAUUUAUUUAUGAUAAAGUUCAGGGAUGCUGAGCGCUAAAUGACCAUAUAGAAAUGAGUAAUUUACCAGUUUGCACACUUUCCCCAAGACAGACACAAGUAACUCUGUUAUGUUUUAAAUGCAGGUUUCAGAGCACAGCAGUGGUUUGAUGUGGCUGUUCUGUGGCUGGGAUAAUCACUAGCUGUCACUGACGAUCAAACCUGUAACCUUAAAUAUAGGACAGUGUCUUUAUGCCAACCAGCCAUUAGUUAUUUGCAGUUAAUGGAGUUGUCAUAUUUCUUUGGUGGUGUUACUGCUGUACUUGUGCAACGAAACACAGGUAAAGAAAAUUCAUCAGGUGCCACAGUUUUCAUUGAAGGACUCAUUUCUCCUGUCUUCAGCUCACAGUUUUAUCUGAUGGAAAAGAACUGUAUGGAAAUAAGUGUGUACAUAAUGUUAAGUCUUGGACAGUGCUGUGGUUUGGAUCGCUGCUGUGUAUCAUAUGUGACUGUCCUGAUAUCUGUGUCGAAGGUGCCUGUUGUCACUGUGUUUCUAGAUGUUUGUCUUGUGUUGCAUUGCUCUGAAUGUAAUCACUGAUCUGUGUCAAGUAACAUACAAAAACAAAAGCAUGGCACACCCUUAUGGAAUGCAAUUGUUACAAUGUAAAUAUGUACCAAAUAUAUAAAGAUGCUAUUUUUUGCAUGCUUUUUGUACACCUAGACAUAAUCAAGGACAAUAAAAAAGUAGAAUUAUUUCAUA